AUGACAGAGCUCAAAAUCACCGACAGCGACAUUGGGGAUAAGUUGCGAGGGAAAUCUGCCAUCGUGACAGGUGGCUCAUCGGGUAUUGGCCAAGGUAUUGUGCAUUACUUGACCAAGUGCGGUGUCAAAGUCUUGAUAGGCGACUUACAGCCACCAACUGAGCCCGUCGAUGGCCCCGUGUACCAGAAGACGGAUGCUGGCAGCUGGGACGACCUACUUGCCCUGUUCAAAAAGGCCCAACAGUUGUUUGGUCGAAUCGAUAUAGUCGUACCCAAUGCUGGCUUUGGUGACCGCGGCGACUACUACUUCAAGCAGGAAGCCAAUGGGGAUCCUAUCAAGCCCGAGUUUUCCUGUCUUAAAGUGACUCUGAUCGGCCAGAUGUAUACUGUGAAAUUGGCGAUGCAUUUUAUGCGUUACCAAAACCCCCAGGGCGGAGUCAUUGUGUCGACAGUGUCUCGAAGUGGCUAUGACUGUCAAAGUAUUCCUGUCUAUGCUGCGUCCAAGCAUGGCAUGAUCGGACUGAUGCGGGGUCUGAGAAAUCACACACCAGCAUGGAAUAUCCGCGUGAACUCGAUCGCACCCCAUGUCACGGACACAGCGGCUGUCAGAAGGGUGGAAUGGCUGGUUCCGGAGCUCAAGAGGGUCGGUAUUCCUGUGAGCACGGUAGAAGAAACGGCGAGGGCAGCGGCCUUCCUGGCAGCGAAUGAAUCGUAUAAUGGCUGUACCGUCAGCAUCAUGGGGAGUGAGUAUCGUGAGCUGGAGAGCGGUGUGGAAAGGCAUAAGCGCGAUGUCAUGGGAAACGAUCCAAGAUUCAACAUGACUCCUGAGCAGCAGGAGGUGAUGGACAAUAUAUUCCCACCUGCCGCAAAGUGGUAG